CUCCUCCACACAAAUGACUCGAAAUAACAGACCACACACAUUGUCCGAAAGACCUUGACUUUUAACAUUUCUAAUAUUCCGGCAUCUAAAGCAUAAGUCCAUGCUCUUGAAAUUUGCGUAUGCCUUAAAAAGAUCUCUUACUUCAUACCAUCAUCAAAGUCAAGAAAGCUCAAGAUUCUCAAUGGGCAUAGCAAGAAGAUCCAUAGAAACACUCAUGUUCCUGCUCUUUCUAUCAUCAAACGUUCUUGCUGACGCCUCCACAACAACAAAGUUCACUUUCCUUGGUUUCAGAGGAAACCAAACCGAAAUUCAAACCGAACAAGCUGCGACGAUCCAAGAAACCGAUGGUCUACUCAGACUAACUAACCGGGACCACAACGUGACCGGAACAGCGUUUUACCGCGAACCAAUCAGACUCCGUGACGGAUCAUCCAACAAACUAUGUUCCUUCAGCACAUCUUUCGUCUUCGUCAUAAUCCCAUCUAGUCCCGGAAACGGCGGUUUCGGCUUCACAUUCACGCUUUCGCCGACCCCGAACCGCCCCGGAGCCGAGUCAGCUCAGUAUCUAGGCCUUUUGAACAGAUCCAGCAACGGAGAUCCGUCGAACCACGUCUUCGCCGUGGAGUUCGACACGGUGCAAGGGUUCAAAGACGGAGACGACAGGAGAGGAAACCACGUCGGCCUCGACUUCAACAACCUCUCCUCGGCCGUACAGGAGCCGGUCAUUUACCACGACACGGAUGAUCGAAAAGAGGAUUUUCAGCUAGAGAGCGGCGAACCGAUCCAAGUUCAUCUGGACUACGACGGACCAACCGACAGUCUAAACGUUACAGUCUAUCCUACGCGAAUCGGGUUAAAACCCGCGACGCCUAUGAUCUCGCGACAAGUUUUGAACUUGUCCCGGAUCGUGACGAAGGAGAAGGUGUACGUGGGGUUCACCUCCGCGACUGGCAAAGGCCAGUCUAGCGCUCACUACGUGAUGGGUUGGAGUUUCGCCAGCUCAUGUGGAGAGAGUCCAGUUUCUAGCUGGCUCAAUGUCUCUCUCCUCCCUCGUCCGCCUCCAAACGUGAGCAGCAAGAAAGGCUACGACUCUCCAGUCGUAGCCUUGAUUGCAUCUCUAUCGAUCGUCACGCUGUUCCUCCUUGCGUUGCUGUUUGUAUUCGUUAUGUACAAGAGGCGGAUCGAAGAAGGAGAGGCGUUAGAGGAUUGGGAGAUUGAUUAUCCUCAUAGGUUUAAUUACAAAGAUCUCUACUUAGCAACUAAGAGAUUCAAAGAGAGUGAGAUCAUCGGCUCGGGAGGGUUCGGGGUCGUGUACAGAGGAAACUUACCUUCUUUGGGGCCUGUCGCGGUCAAGAAGAUAACUCAAACAAGCCAACAAGGUUUUAGAGAGUUUGUAGCCGAGAUUGAGAGCUUAGGUAGGUUAAGCCACAAGAACCUAGUGAACCUUCAAGGAUGGUGCAAACACAAGAAAGACCUCUUGUUGGUUUACGAUUAUAUCCCCAACGGUAGCUUAGACUCACUGCUGUACGCAAAGCCGAGGCGAAACGGCGUCGUUUUGACGUGGGAGGAGCGUUUCGAGAUCAUAAAGGGAGUCGCCUCGGGGCUGUUGUAUCUCCACGAGGAGUGGGAGCAGGUCGUGAUACACAGAGACGUGAAAGCGAGUAACGUUCUCGUGGACGCUGAGAUGAACGCUAAGCUGGGAGACUUUGGACUCGCGAGGCUUUACGAACGCGGAUCGCUAACGCAGACAACUAAGGUCGUUGGGACGUUAGGGUACAUGGCGCCUGAGCUCACGCGCAACGGGAAAGGCUCGACCGCGUCUGACGUUUUCGCGUUUGGCGUUUUGUUGUUGGAGAUCGUGUGUGGGAGGAGGCCGACGAAUACCGAGAACUUCUUUUUAGCUGAUUGGGUUAUGGACUUUCACACGAACGGUGGAGUGCUUCGCGCGGUUGAUCAGAAACUCGGGUCUAGUUUCAAUGGUAGAGAGGCGAAGCUAGCUCUCGUUGUGGGGUUGUUAUGUUGCCAUCAGAAACCAACGGCUCGGCCAACGAUGAGGAAAGUGAUUAGAUAUUUGAACGGUGACGAGGAUCUUCCGGAGAUUGAUGGAAACUUGGGGUUUUCAGAUUCUUCUAGAGAUCAUCUUAGGGCGAAUGUUGUAUGUAAUGUGUCAUCUGAUAUAGCCUCGAGCUCGACUACGUUUUCGUUUUCCACGGAGGUUUCUACGGGCUCUCUCGGUAAUGGUAGAUAGUUAACCAUAGCAAAUUCGUACAUAACUUGCUUAUAUGAAUGUAAACAGAUGUUAGAUAUUACCGUUGGCUGCAGCAUAAGUUUUGUUUCAAGUUCCUGUACAAACUAAAGAUACUUUUUUUUUACUGAUACAAAUUAAAGAUACUUCAAAAAAUUA